AUGCCGCUGGAUCACCGCCGCGUCCGGGGCCCGGAGGAGUCGCAGCCGCCGGAGCUGUGGGCGGGGGUCCUGCAGCAGCAGGAGGAAGAGGAUGAGGAGGGCGCAGCCCCGCGGGACCCCUACGCCCUGCGGCCUCUCUUCGCCCGGGCCGGGCUGCUGAGCCAGGCGGAGGGCUCGGCCUACGUGGAGCUGAGCGGCGGCACCAAGGUGCUGUGCGCCGCCUGGGGCCCGCGGGAGGCGGCCGAGCCCGGAGCCCCGGCGGGAGGCGGGAGGCUGCUGUGCGAGUUCCGGCGGGCGCCGUUCGCGGGGCGCGGCGCUCGCUGCCGGCCGGGCUCGGCGGCGGAGCGGGAGGCGGAGCGGGAGGCGGCGGCGGCUCUGCGGGAGGCGCUGGAGCCGGCGGUGCGGCUGGCUCGGUACCCGCGGGCGCGGCUGGCCGUCAGCGCCCUGCUGCUGCAGGACGGGGGCUCGGCGCUGGCCGCUGCCAUCAGCGGCGCGGCGCUGGCGCUGGCGGACGCCGGCGUGGAGAUGUACGACCUGGCGGUGGGCUGCGCCCUGUGCCGCGCCCCGGGGCCCGCCGGCGACUGGCUGCUGCAGCCCGGCGAGGCCGAGGAGCGCCGGGCCGCCGGCCGCCUCACCCUGGCGCUGCUGCCCGCCCUCAACCAGGUGUCGGCCGUGCUGGGCGGUGGCGAGGGCGACCCCCCCGACGCCUGGGCACAGGCCGUGCGCCUCGGCCUCGACGGCUGCCACCGCCUGUACCCCGUGCUGCGGCACAGCCUGCUGCGGGCUGCGCGCCGCCGCGGGGCGCCCACCGGCACCGCCUGA